AUCAUGGCUGCUGCCCACUGUGUCGACGUCCACUGCUAUUACUAGUUAGGAUCGAUUGAGAAGUGUGCACACACGCUCCACUCCAUUUAAGCCAUCACCAAGUACGAAAAACCAAUAUUCCUUCAUGGACUGCUGGAAGGAGGCAGAAGGCAAACGAGUCCAUGACCCCUGGUUCUACCAAUACUACCGGCACAGCACCGCCGGCGAUGGUCACCGCAUGACGACUAAGCCAGGUGCGACAGCCAAGGCUGACAGGCGCGUGUGGGUGCCGGGGCCGAUCAUCGUCGGGGCCGGGCCUUCGGGGCUGGUGGUCGCCGCCUGCCUGAAAGAGAAGGGAGUCCCCAGCCUGAUCCUGGAGCGCGCCAACUGCAUCGCCUCCCUGUGGCAGCUCAAGACCUACGACCGCCUCCGCCUCCACCUCCCCAAGCAGUUCUGCGAGCUGCCGCUGAUGCCGUUCCCCAAAUGGUUCCCGACGUACCCCACCAAGCAGCAGUUCAUCGCCUACCUCCAGGACUACGCGAGGAGGUUCGACAUCCGGCCAGCGUUCAAUGAGACGGUGGUCAGCGCCGAGUACGAUGCCGUGCUCGGGUUUUGGAGGGUGAGGACCGAGGCGGUCAACGGCAAGGAGGAGAGGACGGAGUACGUGUCCCAGUGGCUGGUGGUUGCCACCGGGGAGAAUGCGGAAGCCGUCGUGCCGGAGUUCGACGGCAUCCGGGAGUUUAAAGGGACCAUCAUGCACACAAGCACGUACAAAAGCGGCGACGUGUUUCGAGGGAAGAGGGUGCUAGUCGUCGGGUGCGGCAACUCGGGGAUGGAGGUCUGCUUGGACCUCUGCAAUCACAAUGCCCAUCCUUCCAUCGUCGUCAGAGAUGCGGUGCAUGUUCUUCCUCGGGAGAUGCUCGGUAGCUCCACUUUCGGGCUGUCCAUGUGGCUGCUCAAGUGGUUCCCCGUGCAAAUGGUGGAUCGCUUGCUGCUGCUGGUCGCCCGCCUUAUGCUCGGCGACACAGCCCGGUUCGGCCUCGAGCGGCCUCAGAUUGGACCCCUCGAGCUCAAGUCGCUCUCUGGCAAGACUCCAGUCCUCGACGUUGGAACUCUCGCCAAGAUCAAAUCUGGAGACAUCAAGGUCUGCUCUGCAAUAAAGAGAUUCACAGGACAUGGAGUGGAAUUUGUAGACGGGAGAUCGUCGGAAUUUGACGCUGUCAUCUUUGCCACUGGCUACAAAAGCAAUGUAGCAUCUUGGCUAAAGGAGAGGGAGUUCUUCUCGGAGAAAGAUGGCCUACCGAGGAGGCCCUUUCCCAAUGGAUGGAAAGGGGAGCGUGGGCUGUAUGCUGUGGGGUUCACAAAACGUGGAAUUCUUGGGGCUUCAAUGGACGCAAUGAGGAUUGCUCGUGACAUCGAACAAUGCUGGAGAGCAGAGGCCAAGCAACUCCUGGCUUUCCAUUGUCCCUCAGAACAAAAAUGACAACAAGAGACUCUUGAUAGACUGGAGGAGGGAACACUGGCCAUUUCCUUUCUCCCCAUCAAAUGACCUGGGACGCAAAUGAUGUUAUCUCCGAUAGUGAGAUACACAAGCUAGGUACAGAAUGAAAAGAGAGAGGGGGUUUUGGCUUUACUGGUAAUUUGUAUAUCCUGUAUAUUGCCAUUUUCUUAAUUGAAUUGACUGACGUGUAGAGAGAGAGACGUGGAACGGAGGUGCUUGUUUCUGGGGUUUGACACUAUCAAUCAAAGAGAGAGGAUUUCAGUUUUGUUCGUUUCUCAAGUGUUAUGUAC